GUGUGCAAGAACUUUGAUGCGAUCAUUGUGCGAUGCAAUCCUGGUCAGAUCAAGGCUGACGGAGGUGACCAGGGCAAAUUCGACGACGGCAUGCGUGCCUUGCGCAAGCAGGACAUCCAGGUCUGGCCCGCCCCGGACGUCAUGGAGUUCAUGGGCGCCAAGGAUGCGCUGUGCAAGAUCGCCGACUUGAAGAUCGGGCUUGAGGACACACUUGCCUACUACGAUCCCGCGGAUUUCGCUACAGGUUUCAAGAAGACCAUGGCUUUCCAGCCGCGCGUCAUCAAGCAGAACCGCGGGUCCUCUGGCGAGGGCAUCUGGAUCAUCAAGCUGAAGUCAGGAGACUACUGCAAGUCCUAUGGCGAGCGCUCUUGCAGUGAUGACGAGAUGUUGGACCUCAUGGAGGCCAACGACAACCACUCCGAAGAGCACACCGUCGGAGAGUUCAUCGAGUUCUGCGUCAGCGGCCGUACUAGCAAAAGCGGUACUUGGACUUCCAAGGGCGUUGGCAAGUAUUUGGAAGGUGGCAAGGAGGCCGGUGGUCAGCUCGUGGAUCAGCGUUUCUGCCCUCGAAUUGUCGAAGGCGAGCUGCGCUACAACAUGGUGGGUGACUCGCUUGUCGGCAUCAUCCACAAGAAGCCAAAGGAAGGCGGCAUCAGCGCCGUCGGCGGCACUGGCUCGGUCUACACUUACUACGGCCCCAACGAGAAGCGUUUCAAGAACCUGACGAACAACUUCCUCAAGGAAGACCUGCCGAAGAUUAUGCCAGCACUGGGCCUGGGAGAGGAGCCAAUCCCACUGUGGUGGACGUCUGACUUCAUCAACUCCUCCCCGGAGGGCACGGAAGCCAAGGACGAGAAAUGGAUUGUUGGUGAGUUCAACUGCUCUUGCGUUGGUAUCUCGAAGUGUCUGCCGGCCUACUGCAAGGAUGACACACCGAAUGCCUGCUACACCGACAUCCCCAAGAAGGACCUCUCGGAGGUGAAGCGCAUCAGCGAUCUCCUUGGCAAGAAAGCCACGGACAUCCUGGUCACCGAGGCCAAGAAGAGGAGCAAGCCAGCAGAGGCCGGGCAGUUCUUCUCGGAUGGUCCCGUGGAUGUCUCCUCCCUCACGAAAGUUGUGAAGGACGAUCAGGGGCUGCUCCCACAGCCGAGGAAGCCCAGGUUCAAGACGGCCUUGACCGGCAUCUACGUGCGCAGCCAGCCGGGCGGUGGAACCGACAAGAGCUUCAACGGCCACCGUUACGACAGCAUGGCUUUUGCCAACGGAAUCAUCCAGGCCGGUAUGAGCUGCCAGCUGAUCAACUACGUGCAUCAGGAGCAUGACAAGUUCUUCGAUGUAGUGAAGAACUUCGAUGCCAUCAUCGUGCGAUGCAACCCAGGACAGAUCAAGGCAGAUGGCGGCGACCAGGGCAAGUUCGACAACGGCAUGCGUGCGAUCCGCAAGAAGGGAAUCCAGGUGUGGCCAGCCCCUGAUGUCAUGGAGUUCAUGGGGGCGAAGGACGCACUCUGCAAGAUCGCGACCUUGAACAUUGGGCUCGAGGAUACCCUGGCCUACUACGACCCCGCGGUCUUUGCUACAGGUUUCAAGAAGACCAUGGCAUUCCAGCCACGCGUCAUCAAGCAGAUGCCUGGCUGCACAACGAACCGCGGGUCCUCCGGAGAAGGCAUUUGGAUCAUCAAGCUCAAGUCAGGCGACUACUGCAAAACCUACGGCGAGCGCUCGUGCGGUGACGAUGAGGUCUUAGACCUGAUGGAGGCGAACGACAACCACUCAGAGGAGCACACUGUCGCAGAGUUCAUUGAAUUCUGUGUGAACGGCCGCACGGGCAAGUCGGGCGAGUGGACCUCCAAAGGCGUCGGCAAGUACCUCGAGGGAGGGAAAGAGGCCGGAGGCCAGCUCGUCGAUCAACGCUUUUGCCCUCGCAUUGUGGAGGGCGAACUCCGCUACAACAUGGUGGCGGAUACCUUGGUUGGCAUCAUCCACAAGAAGCCGAAGGAAGGUGGAAUCAGCGCUGUCGGCGGCACCGGUUCCGUGUACACCUUCUACGGUCCAAAGGAGAAGAAAUUCGCCGGCUUGACCAAGAGUUUCCUAACCGACGACCUGUCGAAGAUCAUGCCAUGCCUGGGAUUGGAGUCCGAGCCAAUCCCACUGUGGUGGACAUCGGACUUCAUCAACUCCUCCCCCCCGGGCACCGACCCGAAGGACGAGAAGUGGAUUGUGGGAGAGUUCAACUGCUCUUGCGUCGGUAUCUCGAAGUGCUUGCCGGCCUGCGUGACACCGGAGGCGGAUAAAGCGUCCUACAGCGACAUUCCCAAGAAGGAUAUGACUGAGGUGAAGAAGAUCGGAAGUUUGCUGGGCAGGAAGGCCAUCGGCAUUUUGAGCAAGGGCGCAGCACAGGAGCGCCAGGACAAGCAGGUGGAGUCAUUGAAGCAGAUCCUGAAGUCCGUGAGUGCAGAAGGAAACAGCAGCUUGGUCGAGAAGCUCAUGAACUGGAAGCGGAGCUGA